AUGCCAUUGCACAGAAAUGGGAGCCUCCCCAUGGUCUACUUUCAAGAUUUUGUGCUGGAGGGAUUUCAGGGUGGCCUGGAGACCCAGGCUCUGCUCUUUGCUGUUUUCCUGAACCUGUACAUGGUAAUUGUGAUGGGGAACCUCACUAUUAUCAUGGUCAUCACCUUGGAUGCCCGCCUGCACUCUUCUUCCUCAUCUGUCAUUGCCCCCAAUGCCCCGGCCAACUUCUUCUCCCCACCCAAGGUCAUCACCUGCUGUGCCACCCAGUUAUUCUUCAUCUCCUUACUGGUCGCCACUGAAGGCUUCCUCCUGGGCGUCAUGGCCUGUGACCAUUUCAUGGCCGUCUGCAGCUCCCUGUGCUACCCCAUCACCAUGUGCCACUCUGCCUACACUCACCUGGUGCUGGGCACCUACCGUGGAGGCUGCCUCAGCUCUGCUGUGCAGACCAGCCUCACAUUCCGCCUCCCGUUCUGCAGCUCCAACUGCAUCAAGCACUUCUUCUGUGACGUGUCCCCUCUGCUCCAGCUUGCCUGUGGCAGCACAGCCAUCAACGAACUUCUGUUUGGCAUCUGUGGGCUCAUCACUGUGGGUGUGACAUUUGUAGUCCUCAUCUCCUAUGGCUACGUCACAGUGACCAUCCUGAGAAUGCGCUCAGGAGCUGGGAGACGCAAGGUCUUCUCCACCUGUGGCUCCCACAUGACUGUAGUGACUCUCUUUGUUGGGACUGUCUUUGUCAUGGAUGCCCAGCCAGGAGCCAUUGAGUCCAUGGAACAGGGCAAGGUGGUCUCUGUCUUCUACAUGUUGGUCAUCCCAAUGCUCAGUCCUCUCAUCUACAGUCUUCGAAACAAGGAUGUGAAGGAGGCCCUGCGGAGGCUGGGCCAGAGACACAUGGUCACAUGA